GUCAGGAGGAUAGUCCUCUUUUUGCUUUGGAACUUUAUAAUACAGAACAGAAAUGAACCCCAUCUGGGGGAAAUAUAAUGCAUCUGCAGGAAAUCUCCACUGACCCGCUUCCAAAUGGAAGAAAUCUCCAAACACAGCAACAACUGUAAUGGCGGAUACGGCAGGUCAGGAGCUGCGGCUGGUUACUGAUGGUCACUGCCCAGAUUGGGUUGUCAUGGCACCAGGAGUGCACGGACAAUGAAGGAGGCAGGGGGACAGUAAUCCCGGGGGGACAGGGCACCGCCCGGACAACACAGGGGACAACUUCCGGCAGCGCCUUGACUGGAUUUCCCCCUGAGGAAGGCGGCAACAAACCUGACAGGAUCCCCUGGCGCCAACUCCUCCCUCCGCCCAAUUCCAACUGGAUCCUAGUCGCGGCAGAAUGAAGGCCGUUAAUGGUUUCCCAGCCUGUAAUUAAUUAGAGAGAAGCGAGAAUAGGCGGGACCUCGACCCCACCCCACAUCGCACCUGAUCACACAAUUGUCCCCAGUCUCCCCCCUCCACACCGGCCCAGUUCAACUCUCGCCAGAGAAUAUUCAAUUCUGUCCCCAGUAGGUGGUCUGUGCGGAGUUAGACGAUGAGGCUGUAGGGGUGGGAUGGUAACUGGCAUCAGUGGGUUGACAUCUCGAACAAACGGGAAUUCUACCACCUCCAGAAGAGGAGGAGAGGGCUGAAAAAUAGCCACUCACUCACAGAAGCCUCAUCUGUGAGGCUGUAAAGUUUCAAAGGACACACAACUAAGGAGUGUGUUAACAGAAGACAAGAUGUGAGGGAGAAGGCCAGCACAUCUUUUGUUAUGAUUCCAGAUCCAAAUAUUCAAAUGCAAAACAUAUUGAUACAAACAAUAGGCUGCACUUCACUUUUAAAUAUAAAUAUUGUCGAACAUAGCCAAUGCUGGCUUUUCAAGUUGGGAGUUCAGAAGCUUCAUUUGAAAUGAGUUAAUCAAUAAUAAGUCAGUAGUUUCUUUGUGAAUAGGGAGGUAAGGUGACUUGUCAUUCAAUCUGUUAGGUGCUGUGCAAAGAUUUUUUUCAGCUGUGCUGUUUGAGAGGCCAAGAACCAAUGUGUGCCAUGAGUUUUCUGUUUCUCUUUGCUCUAGCUACAGCUUACAUUUACCUGUGAUUGCUACCAAAAUCAUAUCUUAUAGUUCCCUUCAUCAUUUAUCACUUUAAUGAAAUGCAAAAACAGUUUAGCAAAUUUCACUUGGCAUUUUCUUGAUUUUUUUCAGAAGUUAAAUUUCGUACUGUCAACUUAUGUUGAGAAGUAAAACUUUCUGAAAGUUUACUUUUAAACUUUUUAUUCAAACGCCUUCCAUUUCUCUGAAGUGCACAACUCCCACUUUGAAUCUGUUUGAAAAUGUCUACUCCUAAAACUGGUGUGGGUGAGUUCACUGUGUGGGAUUAUGUAGUGUUUGUGUUAAUGCUGAUAGUUUCUGCACUCAUUGGAAUAUAUCAGGCUUUUAAAGCUAGAGGCCAGCAAAGCAAUGUCCAGUUUCUGCUGGGCAACAGAGAGCUGAGGGCAUUGCCUGUGGCUCUGUCCCUUGCAUCCAGCUUUAUGUCUGCAAUUACUGUAAUUGGGACACCAGCAGAGGUUUACCGGUUUGGGGCCAUGUUCUUGAUUUUCUGCUUAACAUAUGCCAUCGUGAUCACCAUCACUGCUGAACUCUUCCUGCCUAUAUUCUACAGACUCAAUAUCACCAGUGCGUAUGAGUAUUUAAAUUUGAGAUACAACAAAAUAGCACGAUACAUUGGGACCUCUUUCUUCGUCACUCAAACUGUGUUGUACACUGGGAUUGUCAUUUAUGCUCCUGCACUAGCAUUGAAUCAGGUAACUGGAUUUGAUCUCUGGGGUGUUCUUGUUGCAACUGGUCUUGUCUGCACCGUUUACUGUACCCUGGGUGGUCUGAAAGCUGUGGUGUGGACUGAUGUGUUCCAGAUGACAGUUAUGAUCAUUGGGUUCGUUGCAGUGAUAAUCCGAGGUGCGGUAAUUCAUGGAGGCUUUGCCAAGGUCUUGAAUAUUUCAUAUCAUGGAGGAAGACUCAACUUCUGGGACUUUGAUCCAAGCCCAGUAAGACGACACACCUUCUGGACGAUCGUGGUUGGUGGAACUUUUGUGUGGACAGCUAUUUAUGGCAUUAAUCAGUCUCAGGUUCAGCGGUAUCUUUCUUGUAGAAGCCAGUUUGAGGCUAAGCUAUCUCUCUACCUCAAUUUGGUUGGUCUGUGGAUAAUAGCCAUCUGUGCAGUGUUUACUGGGCUCACUAUGUACGCUAUUUAUCACCAAUGUGAUCCCCUAACUCAAAAUAAAGUCAGAGCCUCAGACCAGUUGCUCCCAUACCUGGUGAUGGAUAUUCUGAGGGAUUAUCCUGGUGUUCCAGGACUCUUUGUGGCAGCCGCAUACAGUGGAACUUUGAGUACGGUUUCCUCUAGCAUCAAUGCAUUGGCUGCUGUCACAGUGGAGGACUUCAUCAAACCUUUCAUCAGUUUAUCGGAGGAGAAACUUGCUUGGGUCACAAAGGGACUCAGCUUCGCAUUUGGAAUCACCUGCAUUGCAAUUGCUGCAUUGACCUCUGUGAUGGGUGGUGUACUGCAGGCUGCCCUCACUAUUUUUGGGAUUCUUGGUGGUCCAUUGCUUGGAAUGUUCUUUCUAGGCAUGACAUUCCGUUGUGCUAAUUCUAUUGGUGCACUAUCUGGCCUUAGUGCCGCUUUCAUACUGACAAUGUGGAUAGGAAUUGGUGAGCAUGUCUAUCGACCACUACCUGUUCAAAGUCGACCGUUACCCCUCAGCACAGCAGGCUGCAUUGAUAUCAACAUUAACACCUCACAAUCAGCAAGAGUAACAACACGUCCCGCAUCAAACCUGACGUCUAGGCCAGCAAUCGCAGACACUUUGUAUUCAAUCUCGUAUCUUUACUUGAGCCCAAUUGGUACACUGACUGCUUUGGUUGUUGGUCUCAUAGUCAGUUUUCUGACAGGAGGGAAGAAGAACAUGGUGGACAAGAAGCUCCUGAUGACUUACAAGGAUUCGCUAUGCUACAACAUCUAUGUCAACAGAAGUCUGCGUGCACUGACAUUGUCCCCUCAGGACCAACAAGAUACGAUUGCUGAGGAGGAGCUGGAAGCAAUAGCUGACACAGAAAAGGUCACCCCCACGUUCACUGACCAGGAGCCCACAAUCACUGACCAAGAACCCACAUCCACUGACCAAGAACCCACAUCCACUGACCAAGAGCCCCCAGCCACCGAACAGGAGCCUGAUUCUGAGAAAAAGAAUGAGGAAUCCACAACAGACUUAUAGUUAGCUGUAGACUUGCUUUGAUUAACGUACAGUGAACAAAUCAUCAGAUUGUGGAGAUACUGAACAUAAUUGCUUAACAUCUGUGUAAAAUUACCCUGUACAUUGUUUCAAAGAUUGCUGGACUCGAAAUAACAUAAACCUAUCCCCAUCCCACCAAUGCUCCUCUUCGCAAAAGGGUGUAAAUUGAUUAAUUUUUCCAUUCCACUUCCAGUCAAAUCAAACUAACAAAAUCUGCUCUGAAGAUUUUUUUUACAGUCAUGAGCUUUAAGGAUUUUAAUGGCUGUGUUUUUAAAACUUUUGAUGCUAGCUGCACUCUUUGGGUCAAUGUCUGCUUCCAUAAACACCCCUCAUUCUCUUUCUCCAAGUGCAGUGACAAGAUCACUAAGGCAAACUGAGAACCUGUGACUGUAUUCCAAAUUACUGGUUUAUGAUUUGCAGCUACAUUUUUUUUGGAAUGGAGGGAUUAACCGUAGACUGCUGUUUGCAGAUCAAAAAAAUUUCACAUUCUGAAGUGACUUUAAUCAGACUUGUCACAACCUUGUGCAGCUUCUAGCUCUUUGUCUAGCUGUUGCCAGUAGUACUUUGGCUUCACGAGAGUGACUGCUGAGAAUGUUUCCCCACGUAAUAAAUUUAAGGCCCUUGCCUCUCACAUUCAGAUUCAACAUGCUCCUCAUCCACCUUGCUCUCCAUCCAGAUCCACCCUGCUACCCCAUACCCAUUCCACCCUGCUCCCAUUGCAGAUCUACUGUGCUCCCAUCCAGACUCACCAUGCUCCCAUCCCAGAUCUAUUCUGCUCCUAUCUAAACCUACUCUGCUCUGUUCUCCACCUAAACUGACCCUGCUCCCUAUCCAGACCCAUUCUCCCAUCCAGACUCACAUCACUCCCUACCUAUCCUGUUCAUCAUCCAGAAUCACUUUGUUCCCAUUCCAGACUCACCCUAGUCCCUAUCCACUCUGGUCUCCACUCAGACCCAUCGUGCUCCUAUCCAAAUGCACCAUACUCCCUACCCUUCAGAUUCUCCAUGCAGAUCCACCUGCCCCCCCUCCAGACUCAUCCUGGUCCCUAUUCAGAUCCAUUGCGCACCACACCCACCCCAUUCUCCACUCAGACCCACUGUGCUCCCUAUCCUUCCAAAAUUUCUACCCAGACCUACCCCGGUCCCUAUCCAGACCCAUCUGCCUUCCUAUCCAGACCCACCCUGCUCUCUACCCACCCUGUUCUCCACCCAGACCUGCCAGGCUUCCCACCUUUCCCUGCUGUUCAUCCACUUUUUGUCUUGUUCUGCAUCAUAUCUUAUUUGAUGUUAUGUUGAGUUACAAAACAUGUUCAGACUUGUAAAGUGCUUUCUGUCAAUUCAUAAUUG